AUGCCGCCAGGCGGCGCUCCCGCGCCCACAGACACGCCUGAGACUCUGGCGGCCUCUCGCCGCGCCUCGGCGGCACCCUCGUUCCCGGCGACGAGAAGGGAGGGAGCAGUGACGAGAACCCACAGACCAAAGGCACCCCGGUCGCUAAAGCGGCCGGAAGGAAGUGCCGGCGCUGUGCCGGCGGCUGGGGUUGCGCAUGCGCUGCUCCGGCGAGCGGCAGCGGCGCCGGUGGCGAUGGCCGGCGGGUUGCUGGCGCGGCGGCCAGAAGCAGUGCGGCUCCGCAAGCGGCGCUCGGUGCUGUACAGCACCCCUGGCGAGGGCUCCGGGCAGCGAGAAGCCGGCGCUCUCAGCGGGCCGACACGGCUGCUGGCUUUCACCGUGGCGUUUCGGACGCUCAACUGCUUCUUGGUCCAGACCAGCUUCGUCCCAGACGAGUACUGGCAGUCGCUGGAGGUCGCUCACCGCAUGGUCUUUAAUUAUGGGUACCUAACUUGGGAAUGGGCACAUGGCUUAAGAGGAUAUUCAUAUCCACUGAUCUUUGCAAGCAUCUACAAAGCUUUACAGCUGUUGGGCAUGGAUGAUGUCAAACUGCUGAUAUGGGUCCCUAGACUUGCACAGGCAGUGCUGGCAGCUUUUGCUGAUGUGAAGCUUUACUCACUAGUGCACCACCUUGAAAAUGCAGAAACAGCAAAGUGUGUGUACUUCUGCCAGCUGUGUUCCUGGUUUACAUGGUAUUCCUGUACCAGAACUCUAACAAACACCAUGGAAACUCUUCUUACCAUUUUUGCUCUUUCCUACUAUCCAAUAAAAGGUUCCAAGAUGGGAAGCAGCUGCAAAUACUUAGCGUUGGUAGCACUUGCAAUUAUUAUUCGUCCCACUGCUGUUAUCCCAUGGAUACCUUUGGUCUUCAGACAUUUUUUGCAAGAACAGAAGAAAGCAGACCUUAUCCUGCACAACUACGUUCCAGUUGGAUUGGUUACAGUAGGAACCUCUUUAAUAAUUGACCGCAUGUUUUUUGGUGAGUGGGUACUGGUUCAGCUGAACUUCUUGAAAUUCAACGUGCUGCAGAAUUUGGGAACGUUUUACGGCUCUCAUCCUUGGCAUUGGUACUUCACUCAGGGAUUACCAGUCAUCUUGGGUACCCAUCUGCCUUUCUUUAUUCAUGGCUGUGUCCUGGCACCAAAAAAGUAUCGCAUCUUUCUACUGACAGUGAUUUGGACAGUGUUGGUAUACAGCAUGCUGAGCCAUAAAGAAUUCAGGUUCAUCUAUCCAGUACUGCCGUUUUGCAUGGUUUUUUGUGGAUAUUCUUUGAAACAUCUGAAAACAUGGAAGAAAUCUGCAGCAAGUUGCCUACUUCUAUCAAAUUUACUCCCAGCUCUGUAUACAGGCUUGAUUCACCAGCGAGGCUCUCUUGAUGUUAUGAGUCACAUACAGCAACUCUGUAAUGAUUCUUACCAGUCACAAGCUUCUGUCUUCAUCCUGAUGCCAUGCCACUCUACUCCAUUUUACAGUCAUGUUCACUGCCCUCUAAAAAUGCGAUUCCUUCAGUGUCCCCCAGACCUAACUGGAAAUGAGAACUAUAUUGAUGAAGCAGAUGUAUUUUACUCUAAUCCAGUGGGUUGGCUUAACAAGGAGUUUUAUGACGACACAUUAUUACCUAGUCACUUGAUCUUCUUCAGCAUACUAGAACAGGAAAUCUCAUCAUUUCUAGCUUUAAGGGGCUAUGAGAAAACAGCCACUGUCUUUCACACUCAUGUACCUCAGGGACGAGUUGGAAGCCAGAUCUACGUUUACAGGAAGAAAACAUGAAAUGGAUGACACUUGAAGAUCAGUUUCUGGACUGAAGACCUAGUAAGAUCAGUUUUGCACAGCAGUACUAUGGCUUAGAAGAUCCUGUACUGCAGUGAGUAUAGAAUCUAAAAACCGGGUAAGUCAAAGGGGGAAGUCUGAUUAAGCAGCCUCUGGCUGUCUGAAAACAAACUUCUUCCUGAAGGCAACUUCAUUAGCAGCAUGAAUGGGUGGGAGUGAUGUGUGCCCUUACAACACUAGAAAGCAUCAGGAAAACCAAAGUUGUCAUGUAACUACUUCAUAAGAAAGUCAACAAGACUGGACCAUUUUUAUAGAACUGUACAACUAAUGCUAGGUUUGUUUUAUAAAUAAAGUCUUUUACCCACAA